UUCAACGCGUCGCACGUGUUGACUCUCCGUAAUCGAAACACGCCCCGAAAAAUAUUUUAGAUAUUUCGGGGAUUUCGAAUCGAUCAACGCUAUAUAUAUAUAUAUAUAUAUGUAUGUUAAAAAAAAAAAAAAAAAAACGAUUUUCGCCCGAAUAAUCGUAAUAAAUUGUGAAACUUGUGUCGAAUUAACGAACGAACGAACGAAUAUAUAGAAAAAUAUUCAAAUAUUUCGAGCGGUAAAAAAGUAAUGACAUUGUCGCGCACCGCACCGCGGUUGAUCGAUGCUAUUCGAGUUUUAUCGUUGAUAACGGAUCGCGCGACAAUUAUUCGCAUUAUUACAUUUCCAUGUGUAAUAACGAUAGGAUAUCAAUAAUUUGUUUUAAAUAAAUAGGCAUAUAUAUUUGUUAUUGUUUUCCUGCGACGCACUCUCGCGCAUUUGCUUCAUCGUCGUUUAAAAUAAAUUACCGCAGUGAGAAACGCAGUGAAAUACCACAGACGCGUCGCGGUAAACUGCGCUUGUAUAAGAGAAAGCAAGCGUAGGAGCUACAUUAGCUCUAUCGGGGUUAACUCCUCUCGCGUUCGUGACUGCGAAUAGUGCUUUUCAAGUUUAACGGUGUAUACUUGUUUUAAUGCUGUCAUCGAAAAGAGAUAUCCAACGGAUCAAGAGACUUUUCUUACCGUUGAGCAGAGCGACGGAAGCAGGCAGGAUUAUCUUAUACCGGACAGAUGUAUGACAGAAGCAUUCGCAAGCUGUUCAUCGUCGGAAGCAGUGAGCCUCAUCUUAUAUAUGAGAGUCAUCGACUUUUGAGGUUCGAUGACCGAAAAUGCGAGGGAGUACGCGGAAAUCGAUGAUAAGAACCAAACAAAUUGCAAGGAUAAUGGCGACUGCGGCGAGAGGUAUACGCGGGGGCAGAUUUAGGAGGGAAGAAAAUCGAUGAGAAAAAAAGAACGAGGCUUGCAAGUAUAACGGGAAAUAUCCGAGAAGCUCGGAUGGGGCGAGAAUGAACUGAGCGCGCAGAAGAAAUUAUUAAUAGCCAAGUACCGCAACGUCAUCAUGAAAUUACAUUUGAUAUUGUUGAUAUUUAUAUUCCAAGGGCAGCUCUACAUAAGAGAGAGUUACGCUAAACAGGAGACGGAGAAGGGGAAGGAGCAGAGUUCGAAUAGGGUAGCGAUAGAAGAGGGGAGGAACGUUGCCCGAAGCGGCGGCGGCGGUGGCGGCGGCGGCGGCGGCAACGAUGACGGGAACGAGGAGGUUGCGUUGACCGGACCGGUCAAGGAGAUCACAACCCAAACCGGUGGAAAUGCCAAUUUGCCGUGCAAGUUUGCCGACGCCGGAGGUGCCACCGUCACGUGGCUGCGACGAAGAAACCGCCAGUUAUUGACUAUCGGGAAGGCGACUUAUUCGGUAGACAAUCGUUUCAUGAUUAAACAAUCAACUUCGGAUUUUACGCUUCUGAUAAGACGGGUCACCCUCGACGAUGCCGGGCUCUAUGAGUGUCAGCUGGCGAGUUAUCCAACGUCGCAGAGAAACUUUGUCCGGCUCGCUGUAACCGAGGCUUAUUCCAUGAUACCGGGCGGUCCUGAUCUUCACAUUAAGCAGGGAUCGAGUUUGCGUCUCGAGUGUCAACUUAUUGCGGCGACCGAAACGCCCUAUUAUGUUUUUUGGUAUCAGCAAGGUCGUAUGAUCAACUAUGACGAAGAGCCAGGCGUCCAAGUUAAAUUAACGGAGAGAGGAUCGAUUCUCAAAGUCGAUAAAACAAAACCGAGCCACGGUGGUAAUUACACAUGCGCGCCCAGCAAUGCAAAACCCUCAUCCGUCAUGAUUCACGUAAUCGAAGAGGAAGAAAAACCAGCGGCGAUGCACGGUGGUGACAGACGAAAUCCGAGUCCCGCUAUUUUAGCGAGUAACUUUCUUGCAUCUUUUCUCGCGGCUGUUAGUUGGAGGAUACCAAGCUUCUCGAGCCUCUACCCAACAUGAACAUUCCUCGAUCCGAUCGAGCACCCACGAUCGAAAGUCUUCCGUCGUGGUGAAUGAAUACCCGGUAAUGGACCGAAGGAAGAGUCAUUCGAUCGCGGAAACGGGAACGGAAGCGGAAGCGGAAAUACCAAUUGAUGCGACCAGCGAAACCGGUGCCGGCCAGCAAAACAAAUUUUUCUCCUUCGAAACAAUAAAAUACUAUACUUUUUAAAAUGACUAAAGUCCAGCAGUUGGACAGGCGGGUCUGAUGCUGGAUCUUAAGGACCUUUCAGCGAGUGCGCGUUCCAAUCAACUUCCCAAAACUAACAAUGACUCCUCCCAUCUAAAAAGACAUCUCAUUGGUAUAACCGCAAAUCGCAUUAAAAAAUCGAAAAGCUAUUCAAUGUUCCGUGCGUAUAAACGAAACAACGCGACUAUGGUUAAUUGCAAAAUUCCAAGUAUUAUAACGAGGCAACAUGCAGGAAUGGACAUUUUUCGAUAUUAGUAUAUAGAUACGCUUCGUGAUCGUUAAAAUCUAACGCCGCUCCGGAACAUUAUAUAAUAUAUUCUUAUUUAUCGUGUCUCGUGUCAUAUUAUUGUUACUUGUCGCUGUGCAAUGUCUAAUUUUUGUGUGGUGUGAAAAAUUAUCUUCAUAAUUUACGUAUAACUGUUGUCCAACUUGGGGCUCCGUUGCCGUCAUCGUCCAUGCCUACUCAACAUUUUUAAUGAGCAGGCUUCCGUUCGUUUUUAUAUUCACGAACGUGCUUGCCUGCGUGUUUCAUCAUUUAAAGAUUCUUAUUGCGCAAAUCAAAUCAAUCGUCCCGCUCAUACCUUUCCUCGUACAUUUCUUCACUCGUGUUAAUUUACAAAUGAAAAAAUCAACAUUUUGGGGAAAAAAUUACCGGGCGGCGCUCGUUGCUUUUAAUUAUUUUUUAUAUCACUCUCAAAAAAGUCGUGACGUUUGUUCGAAUUGUGUUCAAUAUAUAUAUAUAUAGGUAAGUAUGGUAUACCUACUCGAGUGUGUAUUAAUCAGAGGGCACGAAUGUGAAAGAGAGCGCAAGAACGGCGAAAGAAUUUUACGUUUCGAUCCCUAUAUGCUUAUCUCUUUGGCUGAAUUCUCAAACGACUAUCCGCAGCUCUCGUCUACCGUAUAAUUAACCUCGAACUCGAACGAAGGGAAUAAACCCUCUCCAAAGGAAGCUGUAAUCCCAACCUGCAUCGAUAAAAUUGCCAGACGCUCGUACUGUUACAUAUUUUCUCUCUUUUUUUAGCUCUCCGCGCUCUCUCCGCUGCUCAUGGAGAUCAAUCGGAAAUCCAAAUCAUAACCAUGCGCAUCAUUCCAUCCCUACUUUAUUUGCAACAACUUUAUUUACUGUAAAAUACGUCUCUUUUGCCACUGUCAUCUCCGCGCGAUCCUCAAAAUUACAAAAUCAUGAUUCAACUAUCUUCACCCAGCAUCAAAACGAUUAUGAUGAAAAAGGAUCGAAGGGAAAAAAAUUAUUAGAUAUAUCGAGAAUAAUUUUUUAACAAAGAAAAUUAAUUUUUUAAUAAAUCGAUCCGAUGCUCGAUGAUGACGGUGAUGAUGAUAGGAAAAAAAUAUUAUUAAUUAUUCGCAGUUGAAAAAUUUUCGACAACGAUUCCCCGCAUAUUUCCUUCAAAGAAUCAAUUUCUUUCAACCUUCUACCGUAGGGAAACAGAAUCCCGAGCGAAUUAAAUGAAAGAAUGUAAAUAUACUUGUAUAACGGGAAAAAUAUUUUCGAGAAGGAAAAAACCAAGGAUCCAGUGUAAAAUGUGAGACUCUGGAUCGAAAAACAAAUCGAAAAACAAUCGAGAAUAGUUUAUAAGUAAGAGAGAAGGAGCGGGUGGAAAAUCCAUGAGAAAGCGGAACCUGUACAUAAAUAAAAUAAAAAUAAAUAAUUAUGUUGAAGCAUCGUUCUAAUAAAUCCAUAAUCGGUACGACCA